AUGGGCACGAAGGUCGCGCCAAGGUGUCAAUCUCCGAGGCCGCACAACACAGGCCAACAACUGGAGAACCGCCACCAGAGAACGGGGGAUGUUUCAUGGACGACAGAAAUCGAUUGCCCUGCAGGUGCCGAUUACCCUUUACUGGUUUUUGAGGUGUCCCAGCAUAAGGGCGCGAGAAAGGUUCAGCUGAAGACUAGACUGCUUCCGAUCUUGGUUCCUAUGAUCGGAGUGCAUGGCAAGUGUUGGGUGGAUGAGGCAGUCAAGGCUUUCCGUGAUGCAGGAGGCAGUGGACCCCGCGGCACCGAGGAUCACUGCAUAUUCCUUGAGGGGGACUUGCUUAGGACGACGCAGGCCAUUUACAGCCGUGAGCUGUGUGCAGCUCCUGCAAGGCGAUUGCAAGACAUGAUCCGUGAGAUAGCCGAGGAAGGUUCGAGUUCAGCCGGAGAAGGAAGCGGAAAGCCUGCUGAGGUUAAGGUGGGCCUUAGCCGGGAAACUCUUCGGGCUUUCGCCGACCAUGGCAUCGAUACGCUGAGCAAGCUCGCUUACUCGUGCGGGCAACCUGGCUCUCCUCUCCCUCAGACAGAGUUUGAUGAUUUCGUUGCAAACUUGAUCCCUUCCGCCCUUUUGAGGGAGAAGGGUAGUGUCAAGCGCCUCCUUUUUGAAAGCCAAGCAUUGCUGCUGAAUGAUCUGAGAGAGCAGGUUACCCAGCCUGAUAAGUGGUCUACGAAGGAUGUUCCUACGGUGGAGCGACAGAAGCGAAUGGAAGCUGUCAAGGCCAGCAUACCGGGAGUGGUCGUUGAAGGACCACUUGAGCCUUCACACGGCUUGUUGAAUGCAGCCUGCAGGAUGGAGAGAGAGGGGCAGCUGCGCUACAUUGCCCCAGAGCAGUGUGGUACUAGAAUGUAUGAGAUUCAGAACGUAAAGGCCCAGAGCAAAGUCCUUUCUCUUGAGGAAGGAAAGCUUGCUAUCUCCGAGGAGAAGGGGUUACCAGAGGUUGCAUGUGGCUCGGCAUUAUUGCUUCAGGAGGCCCUGAAGAGGAGAGGGGUCGCUUUGCAAUUCGCUGGAGUGGCUUCUUUUCUGGCGCAUGAGAAGUACAUACAGAAGUUGUUCGCCCACAUGGGGCGAGAGCCCCCGCCGGGGCAUGCUCGUACGAGUGUGCAUCAAUUGCUGACUGCAGACAAGCAUGUGUGGACUAAGAUGAUUGAGGAUGAGGUUUCAGCUAAGCGAGGCCCCGACGGUCGGUACCCGGUUGACGAUGCCCUGCUGCCUGCAUUGCAGUCGUAUGAUGUCACAGUGUGUUUGCUGCCUCGCGAAGCAGCUCGUGAGAACAAGAAGCGUCCACCCCCGAAGAAGUUUGCCCAAGAUCGUGACCCGAAAAUCCCGAAAAGCGACCCCAGCAAAGGUAAAGGUAAACACAAGCGUGCAACCUGGCAGCCCAGUGUGCCUGAGGCGAUCCGCAAGCUGGGUGGCCAUGCCCAGACUCCGGAUAAGAAGCGCAUUUGUUUCUCCAGAGUGUCCCAAAAGGGCGAAGUGAGAUGGGCCCCACACCGGGGUUUUGAUGUUCAAAUGCCAGAUGUGAAUCGGCCGCCACUGCAUGGGUCAAAAUCCGUUGACAUUCUGCCACUGAUUUCACUUUUGGAGAGUGAAACACUGAGCAGAGGUCUAAGAAAGCAUACGAGUGCUUUCCCAGCCUGUACGCGCUUGCUUUGUCAGCUAGUGCUCCGAGUUUUCCCAGAUGCAGAUUUUUCCGCUGUGGCAAUCUUUAAGAACCUUCGGACUUCUUUGCAUGUUGACAUAAACAACGAGGUGAACUCGUGUAAUUACUUGAUUCCGGUUACUAACUUCGAAGGGGGCGAAGUGUGGCAACAGGGUCCUGGUACACAUGUCGUGCAGGACGAGCUUGGCUACAACCUCACAGGCUCAGUGUUGCGUGUUGCAGAUGGGCCUUGUGUCUUGAACCCCAGGGUCACGCACUGCACCUUGCCUUGGACCGGGGAUAGGGUUUUAGUUGUCGCCUUUAAGCCCGCGCAUGCUUCCGACUUGUCGCUUGCCUUUCGCGAGCAGCUCAUAGGGCUAGGCUUCCCGGCUAGAUCGUUUGAGAAGGCGACCGCUGACCAACUUGGACCGGGGAGCCCCAAUGUGCCACAUGUCUUGAAGGAGGCUGACCAAAGCUUUACUCCGAACCCCAACGUGCAACCUGACGUGCCUAUGCCUUGCGAAGUGGCAACCUUGAAUGAUUCUUCGAACUCCAACAGCCGUUCUGCUGAGCCCUCAGCUAUCAAGCAGAAUCCUCUUGAUGCCGAUGUUAGGCUGGCUGGGAUUUUUGCGACUCCUCCCAAUAGUGGGGAAACAGCUGCUGCAGCAGUUGCCUUUUUGGGUGAGCUAGUUUUGGAGGCAAUAUCUCGCGGUGUCAUCUGUGUGAUAGGUCCCAAUGUCGAGAGCGGUGGCAGGACCCUUGACUCAGUGGUGCCCCAGCCCCUCAAGGAAACUCUGGAUGCUUUGGAAAACAUGGACGAUGCUGAAGUGACAGCCCUGCGUGCUAAGGUGUGGGCGGAGGACCUGCGUGGGUCUCCAACCAUAUUCUUUGUGGACAAUAACGGUGUCCGUGAUGCCGCCAUUUCAGGCAAUGUCAAAUCCUCA